AUGACGAGUGUUUUUUUUGGUGAUGGAUGUUCUUAUAUUGCUGAAGAAACAUUUUUUUUCCACCAACGUUUGAAUAUUUUCUUCUUUUGCCGUGCAGAUUUUGACUUCGAGUUUGAGUUUCACAACGUAAUGCAAGUGUCAAGAAGAGAGUACGACAGUUGCACUGCAAACCAACCCUUCAAGGCAUUCACUGAUGGACCAGCAAUUGUUAAUCUGAUCGAGGAAGGCAUCUCCUAUUUCAUAUGUAGCGUCUCAAACUACUGUUACUUAGGACAGAAGUUUUCCGUCAUCGUCCAUGAAAACACCCCUUCUUCUGCACCAAAUUCGUCGCCAUUGCCUUCUUCAGUCCCCAUUUCGCAGUCCAAGCCUCCGAGAGAUCAAAGGGGUGUGGUGGUAUCGACUCCAACCAGCAAUUCUUAUGAUUCAUUGGCGCCGGAUAGCCUGGAUUGGCCUGUGUCAUUGAUGCAUAUGAGUAGUGCUGGUGUUGGGUGCAAUGGAGUCCUUUUUGGCUGGGCGUCUGCAUUGUGUUUGGUGGCAUUGGUUGUCUUUGCAAGGCUUUUAUAG